CGAGCUAUACAUAAAGUUUAAAACUCUUUUUGUUGCAGUUUUGUGAGCCCUGGUGCGGUCAGGCGCGCAUGAGGGUUCGCAUACAUGGGCGAACUUUUGCCUGUUUAAAUCAGGGGGAGAAAACCCGGUGGGAGAAAAAAGUGAACUAGGUGACAGAGUUAUUAUUGGGCAGCCACGAUGUCCUCCUCUGCCCCUGCUCAGUGGAACACACGGAGGGCUUCACAUGGAAAGAGACCAGCGGACUUGGAGUUGUCCGAAACCGCGUCUGGCGCUGAUGAGCCCGGGACACCUGUGAGCAACGCCAGGCUGUCAGGGAUGGACCAAAUGAUGCCCGAGGACGGCAACGCUCACGCCGAGGACGCCACUGUUCACACGGCAGUGAUUCACCCGUACCUGUCCCAUCCCAGGAUGUCGGUGCGGAUGUCGGUGUACAGCGCCGGGGUGCGUCCCGUCCUCACCCGCGCCUAUGUACAGGGACGCGUGUAUAACUUUCUGGAGCGGCCGUCUGGCUGGAAAUGCUUCGUCUAUCACUUCACAGUGUUCCUCAUAGUCCUGGCCUGUCUGAUCCUCAGCGUCCUCUCCACCAUCGACCAGUACCAGGCGCUGGCUCACACCACACUCUUCUGGGUGGAAAUAGUCCUUGUGGUGUUCUUUGGGGUCGAAUAUUUUGUCCGCCUCUGGUCAGCAGGUUGCCGAAGUAAAUAUGUUGGCAUCUGGGGGAGACUGCGCUUUGCCAGGAAGCCAAUAUCUAUUAUAGACCUGAUCGUAGUUGUCGCCUCAGUGAUUGUGCUGUCAGUGGGAUCCAAAGGCCAGGUGUUUGCCACCUCUGCUGUUAGGGGCAUUCGCUUCCUGCAGAUCCUGCGUAUGCUCCACGUGGACCGGCAGGGAGGGACGUGGCGUCUCCUGGGCUCCGUUGUCUUCAUCCACCGGCAGGAGCUGAUCACGACCUUAUACAUCGGCUUCCUGGGCCUCAUCUUCUCCUCGUACUUUGUCUACCUGGCGGAGAAAGACGCCGUGGACAGCAGCGGCUCUACUGAGUUUGGCAGCUAUGCCGAUGCCCUGUGGUGGGGAGUUGUGACAGUGACCACCAUCGGCUACGGAGACAAAGUGCCUCAGACCUGGAUUGGCAAGACCAUCGCCUCCUGUUUCUCUGUGUUCGCCAUCUCCUUCUUUGCUCUGCCAGCAGGAAUCCUGGGCUCGGGUUUUGCCCUGAAGGUGCAGCAGAAGCAGAGACAGAAACACUUCAACAGACAGAUCCCUGCGGCUGCCUGUCUCAUCCAGACGUCAUGGAGGUGCUUUGCUCUGGAAAACCCUGAUUCUGCCACCUUCAAGAUGUUUUUGAGGAAAAGACCCAUCUUCCCCACCUCCUCUGUGUCCAGCCCCAAGCCCAAGAAAACAGUGAAGAUGAGGAGGAAGCUCAAGAGCAUUGACAAGGACAGCAGUCCCAGCUCUCCCACCAUUCCCAGCAUCACUUACGACUGCGUGUUUGACGGCGGGAGGGAGCUGAGCUCUGACGUGUACAGCACCGUGGGCACAGAUCGCCAGCAGUCUUGGACGUCUCUGACCUCCCUUCAGUUCAGCUCACCGCCUCCAGUGAAAAGAAGCCCUGCCUUUUUGGAGGUCCACUCCCCGGAGCCCCUGCAGAGGAACAGCAGCUUUGCAGACGACCUGGAGCUGGAGGCGGAGAGGGACAGCGAACUGGCCCCCGCCACAACAGUGUCACAGCUGACGGACUCUCAUCGAAGAGCUAUCCGAGUGAUCCAGAGGAUGCGCUAUUUUGUGGCCAGGAAACAGUUUCAGCAAGCCCGGAAGCCGUACGACGUACGAGACGUGAUCGAGCAGUACUCACAGGGUCACCUCAACAUCAUGGUUCGAAUCAAGGAGCUGCAGAGACGACUGGACCAGUCUCUGGGGAAAAUAACUCUGUUCCAGACGAGCUCAGACCGAGCCAAAGACAAAGGCAACAACACCAUCGGCUCCAGGCUCAACAGGAUGGAGGAGAAGAUCACACACAUGGACCAGACGCUAAACCGCAUUGCUGAGUCCCUCGCUUGCCUGCUGGACCAGAAGGAUGUCGGUGGGGGCGAGGGGAGAGGCAGGGGGAGGCCGCGGCUGGGACGAACCUUUAAUGUCCUCCCCAGCCAGGACAGCCUGCCCAGCUACGAGCAGCUGUCUUCGUCGCCCUCCUCCUCCACCACCAGCACCACCACCUGCCCCGUCCCGGCCCUCCACACCACCACGGCCAGUCAGGACGAGAACCCCUGAACCGGUGCCGUGCCAAAGCCGCCGACCCGCGCCAGAAUGUUUUCCUCUCCUGAUUGUAACCGCAGCAAAUAUUCAUGGGUGACUGAAUAACAACAUACAUGUGCAGCUACUUUACCUUACCAAAGUGAGGAGAUUCGUGACUGAGAAUUGACAUCGAUAAUGACAUUUCAACUUUGAUUUAUCAGGGUAUUGCACAUAUAAUGUAUUUGAUCAUAUUCAAGCGCCAAGUCAAUUAUAAUUGAUUUCCCUGCAGGAUUGUCUUGAUUUUUUUUUCUCUGUUCAUUGUACUUGAUAUUGUUCUAGGAUGAUGCCAAUGGCAUGAUGUACUGUGAUUCAAUACGCUAUACUGUUUCCAAAUAAAUUCAGUUUUAUUAUAUUGUUCAUCAUGGGACAGAGGA